AUGGCCACAGCCACCCUGCGACCGAUGAUGCGACUCAACUCGGUGAUGGGAGCGAGCUCCUCCAGACGCCACGCGAUGCGCGCUCAGGCUCUGAAACUCAAGCGUUUGUCUGUGAACUCGCGUCGACGCGUGGGACUAGUCACGCACGCCGAGGGCGAGAAAGCGAAGCAGCCAUCGUCCGGGGUCUUUAACCCGGGCGAGAACUCGGCUCAGUUUUCACGCUUUUAUCCUCCUGAGGCUCGAGAUUUCACGUACUCUCGGCACAUUCUUCUCGCCGUGGACGGCACCACUGCGUCCGAAGACGCCGCUCGAUGGACAUUGAAGAACGUAAUCCGCAGUGGAGAUUUGCUUCACCUACUACACGUCGCC